UUAGGACAGACAUGGCCAAUUGGGACGAAGGAUGCACCGUCGACAACCUGCUGGCCGAGAUCAGGAAGGGCUGCAGGCUGAGGAAGACAAGCCCACGGGCAGAGCCGGACGGUGGGGUCGAAGGUCACCCCGGGGUCACGCAGAUGUCACCGGCCCAAGAUAAGCCAGAUUUUCCCGAGAAGCCUCGGGAGGAGGUCCGGACUCCCACACAUCCACCUGCUGGAACCAGACCAGAACCGGAGCCAGCAGAGCCAGACAGAGCUGCCUCAGAGCUCCAGGCCCUCUGUGAACGCCCCGCAGCUGAGGUCCAGGGUCCGGAGUCUGAAGUGGACACCAGACCGGCGCAGCAGGAAGUCCAGCACACAGCUAGUCAGCAGGAUGUGACCCAGGUCAACAGGAGCAAAGAUCCUAACCCGGAAGAUUCUGCUCCCCGGAACGCAUCAAACACCUUAGACACCAGCCCAGCAGCCCACCCACACAGAUCAAGUUGUGUUCAGUGUUUGCAGCAGAGUGACGGAGACUCGGCCGCAGAUUACAAAGGCCACACAGGAAGAAAGCGUUUGAAGAAAAGGAAAAAAUGCAUCCUUCAGUGAGGUGAGCUCACCUGCAGCUGUGCAUAAAUCCACGUCAGCGGCGAUUCACUGCUGUCCUUCACUCGAACAAACGGAGGAAGACGGCGGUUUGAAGUCUGAAAAGACUGAUGGUCAGUAACUUUCAGAAGGACUGGUUUGUUCGGCGCUGCCAGCGACUCCCAGGUUUACAGACUUGCUCUGGACUGCUGGGUGUGGAUCUCAGUCAUGUGAUCACAGCUUUGAGAGAAAAAUACUGCAUAAAAGCUGCCGACCUGUCAGGUGCUUCAAAACUAGUAAAGCACACCGCUCUGCUCGUUCCAGCUCAGCGUUUUUAUUGUUGGACUCUCCCGGAGUAGCUUUGCAUGAAUCAAGUUCAGAGUAAGCCUUCUGUGUCUGAAACGAGCUGUUUUAGCUCCUCUCCCUGAAAUCUAGAUUUCCUGUGACUGGCUCCACCCACCUGGUAAAAAGACGUUUUGAAGAUGACCUGUAACAUCUUCCUCCUCCUUCUUCUGGGAGCUCACGUUGGGGUUCUCUAAAGCGAAUCAUCAUUUAAAGUCCUGAAUCCCGCCUCCACACGCUCUGCGCUUUAGCCUGACGAGAAGAUUUGAAUCUGUUCCUGUGAUUCUUCCAUAGUAGAUGGAUCUUUAGCUGAUAACGAGCUGUGCCUUACUCCUGAGUUGAACUGAAAGGACUUGAAGUCAUGAAAUGUUUUAUUUUCUCGGUGCAUGACGUGAGCUCCAGCGUGUCGGUUCAUCCGUGACAGCCGCCCGUCGCUGUCUGUGUCCACUCAAGUAAAACUUACAGGAAACCGACUCACUGUGCAACCAACGUGUAAUUAACAAUGAUGAGAUAUUAAAAAACCGACUCGACUGCG